AUGGCUUUCACCCUUGCUGAUUCCUCGCGAUUUGCCUCCUACACAAGAGCCGGGGAAGCUGCUGCAUCACAGCGAGUUCAAGGAGCAGCUCACCUGUGUUUCCUUCGCAAGCGCGUACUGCGUCAAGCUCCCCCUUUAGAUGUGAUCGCAAUUGCUGUUUUAGAGCUUUGUGCUUUGUUUGUGGAAGACCCCUAUGUGAAAGGGUGCGCAUGCCUAUGUCUUUUUGCACUCUACGGUCGCUUGCGUGCAAGCGAUUGCAACCGUGUGAGCCAUGGAAGAAUUAUCGGCAAUUAUUUUGAAGGUUGUUUGUGCCGUAUCAAGACUGCUCGCACUUUGGAAAAGCAGACGCGUUUCUUGCCAGUCAUAAUUCCUGUCAAAGGAAUCCUGGGCGUUGAUUGGUUUUCUCAGUUUGUGAACGCGCGUGAUGCCUUGGGUCUGGACGCAAUUCCUGACGAACCUCCUGUGACUACUGAUAAUGAUUUCGUUCUUUUUCCCUCUCAAUCCACCGUGCUAGCUUCGGAGCAGGAACGCAUUGGAUCUGCUGAGAUGACAGAGCGUCUAGGGGAGUGCCUUGCGAAGCUGCUGCCAACUGAGGCUUUUCAACAUUACACGUCGCACAGUUUGAAAUGCACAUUGCUGACAUAUACAAACAUUUUUGGACUUACCUUGGAACAAAACGAAUUGUUGGGCUAUCAUGUGGUGAAGGGGCAUGCAUCCGCGCUCAAUUAUUCGCGGGAUGCGCUGGCAAGCCCGAUCAGAGCCAUGGCCACCAUGUUGGGAAGCGUAAAGAGGGGACUGUUUGUCCCUUUCGCAGCCAGAGAUGAACAAUUUGUUUCUGCUGCCUCAGCGAUCAGUGUUCGCCAACAAUUUGAGAAAAGCCUAGGCAUUACAGUUGAAACAGCGGCCAGAUCCAUAGCUGGCGUAGCGCAGGGCAGAGGUCCUGAGGCUUUGGACCAUGAGAGUUUCUGUGCUAACUUGGAAACUUUAGCCGCGGGUAUCGAACAGGAUCUAGACAAGCCUUGUCAUGAAGCAGACACCUAUCCUGUUCCUGAAAGUUCGGAUGAUGAAGACGACAGUGACUCUUCAAGUGAUUCUGGCAGCACCUCUGCAGAGAGUGGCAUGGCAGUAGUGGACCGCGAGCUGGCGGCCGAUCGCUAUGCAAAUGUCAACGUGAAUGCAGACAUUACCAGUGACUUGCUGCGAGAUGAAAAAUACGGUAUGCCGCAACGAUCUCUGGGAAGUCCAGAGCAGAGCUCAACAGGAAAGUGUCCGCUUGACCGUUGCCUGAGUUGUGGAUCGAGCGCGAAGUUGAAGACUAAGAUGUUAGACUCUGUGGCAGUCUUCAAAAAUCGAGCCCUGGAGAUUGGCCUAGAUGAAGCCACUCUCGCGAGGCUGGAUGUGCUGGGAUGGAACACCUUUGGCAAACUUGCAUUCGCAAGUAGCUACCGUCCUGGUCAAGUGGACGAGUCUCCUUUAAUCACCCUUGCCGAACAGAUCACAGAAGUCAGUCCUCCGCCUUUGACUCAGUUGCCUCUCAUACGUCGGCUUGUGUUUGAAUCCUACACAUUAGCAGCCUCCGACCUCAAAAUGAGAUCUGAAAGGCGGGAGGAUGAUACACCUCGAAGGCUGGCUCAGGCAGAGCGUGCAGCAAGGCACGAUUCGCAGGUCAGCCGCCUGAGGGGAUUAGAACUGACAGGUGAAAUGGAGCCGUCUCACCUACUCAUUGAUUUGGUUUUCCAGAUGAGUGAGGACAACCAAUUGAGAUAUGUGAGGUGGGAUCAAUGCACAAAGAGAGAUCAAGAGCUCAUGGGAUUGAAAUCUGACCCCACAUGGAAGCCCGACAGUGGGGGCAUAGUUCGCGAAGUCCGAGUUCAAGAAGAAGUCAAAGCCGACAUCUCCUCCGACCUCAAGCUCAAAUACGCGCUUCAGCGGAGGAGCCUAGCUUUUGACCAGGCUAGGUUAGUAGACUUUGACAAGUUUGAGCGAUGGUCACAAGUGCUCCUUGAAGCAUACACAGCAAGCCCCCCUGCUGGGUACAACAAAGUUUCGAUCGAACAGGUGCACCAUGCCGACAUGGAGCUUUUCAAAUUUCUGAUGAAGGAGACGAGGAACGGCAUUCGACCUAUUGGCACCUCAGUGCCGUUGGAAGACGCACUCGCCAAAGCUAUGUCGGCGCCUGAAAUUCGACUGCACUUGCAGCCUCUUCAGGGAAGCUCUUCCGUGAAAAGGAAAGCUGAGGCAGAAGAGAACUUGGACAAUGAGAAGAAGAAGAAGCAAAAUCAGUCCUCUGGGGAAGAAAAACUUCGGAGGCAGAUUCAGAACCUCGAAGGACAGUUGAAAAACAUGAGAAAAGGAAAGGGCAAAGGCAAGGGGCAAGGCGCACGGAGCUCCAGUUCUAUCAAAAUGCCACAGGAGCUGCUGGGGCAAACAGCAGUCACCGCGGCAAACGAGCCGCUGUGCUUCAGUUACAAUUGCAAUGGGUGCAGUAAGGCUGCCGCAGGCUUCAAAGCCGUGGCAGUCGACCAUGUCAAAAGGAGACACCAGUUUCAUGCAUGUAUCAGCGUUGACCUCUCUAAUGAAGAAGGAUACCAGUUUGUGUAUGACCUUCUGAAGACUGGGGCUGUGCUGUACCUUCACUGCGCGCCACCGGACAGCACGGUGAAAAAUGCCAAGGAGAAGAAGUUGCCCAAGAAGGCGCGCCAGCAUGGCGCUCGUGCACCUAAACCGCUGCGCAUCUCUGCAUACCCACAUGGCCUGCCGGGGCUAAGCGGAUGCGACAAGCUGCGUGUGACAAAAGCCAAUCAAAUUUUUUCCACCAUUGCGGCGCUGGUUCGGGUGGCACUUCAACGUGGCACUGCCGUCACGGUGGAGAACCUCAAGAAAUCUUUUUUGUGGUCCACCACUUACUUCAAAUCCCUCAUUGACGAAGGUCUCCUGCAUGAGGUCUCUUUUCAGAAAUGCAUGUGGGGCGGCAAAAGGGAUCAAUGGUCUUCGUGGUACGCCUCCGUGUCCGAUUUUGACAUUCUGGAGGCCACAUGCGAUGGAAAUCACGACCACCUGAAGUGGAACGUGACAGAAGUUCCUAAUACUUGGAGGUGUGCACCUGCUGAUGCGUAUCCCUCUGUACUUUGUGACAAAGUUGCAAGUAUCGUGCGCAACAUGGCCCGUAACUGCAACGUGCAAGAUGUCAGUGUUGGACCAGGCCUCAAACAAGCCAAAACUGUGCCAGUCAUAAUGGCAGCUGCGGGUAAGCAGCCCCGCGGUGAUCGGUUCCCAAGCCUCAUUACAGAGUUUGCCUACACUAUUUGGAAAACUGUAGCUGGCACCUUUUUGGUCACCAAGGAUAAGAAACUCACACGCGACCAAUGCGAAGCUCUCAACAUACCAUUCCCUGCCAAGUUCCUCCAGGAGAAAAGGGGUGUGGCCAAUGGAGUAACUGUAGAUGCAAUGCGGGAAAUUGAAGUAGGCGUUUGGAGGAAGCCGGAGCAAUUUGUGGACAGAGCGUUGCAAAUUGGGCAUCCUUUUGAUGACUCCUCCGGAGUGGACGACGACACCAAAGUCAAUAUUUUCAAACUAUUGACAGAAGGUGUUCUGGCAAGGCAGCAACGAACUGACGUUCUGCUUGACUACUAUGAACAACGAGCAGAAGUUUUGCAACAUGAUGAGUCCCUCCUUCAUGACCAGUUGGAUCAUGCCAGAAGUCAAAUUGUUGACGGCAAGAGGUUUUUGUUGUUUGAAGAAAUGUGCAGAGAUGUGGGAAUCAUUGGUGAAGAUCUGCGCCUUUUACAGCUACGAGGUGUGCCUCUGACAGGCGUUGAUGGGCCUACUCAAUUGUUCAGGCCAGAGCCCUUGAAACCUGCCUUGACAGAGCGGCAGCUUAUGAAAUCCUCAAAGUGGUCGCGAAAGAUGAUCAUGAAGAAGACAGCAGAGAGCCCAGACCCAGAUGUUAGAUCUGCAGUCUGGAAAAUAACUAUGGAGGAGGUGGAGCGUGGCUGGCUACAAGGCCCUUUUGAUGAGUCCCAAGUGAGGAACAUGCUAGGUCCUUUGUUUGUUUGCUCCAAAAGGUUCGGCUUAGUCCAGACCGACAAGGUUCGGCAGAUCGACAACAUGUCAGAAAGCCUGGUGAAUGCUGCGUAUGGUUCCAGUUACAAGCUUGAUUUGGAGGGAGUGGAUGGCAUUAGCGUUUUGGCUCGCACCUUUGUGGAAGCCACUAGUGAUGAUGGUGUCGUUUCGGUUACCUUGAAGGAUGGUAGCAGGCUUGUUGGUCAACUGCACGGCGACUUUACGGUGGAGUCGGCUAGAUCAAUAGGUGGCAGGACUCUUGAUCUCGAUGCCGCAUACAAGCAAGUACUGGUUGCUAAGUCGUCUUUGUGGUGCAAUGUACUGGCGGUGGAAGACGAGCAUGGGGAACGACGACUGUUCGACAGCAAGCGCUUGGGUCUGGCCGUCACUUUCUACGCACUGGGAGUGAAAUUUGAUUUUAGCCGUGCCAGUUUUGGAGUUGUCAAGGUGGCCAACAAAGCUUCUAGAGUCGAGCAGCUGGUGUCGGACAUUCGGAAGUUUCGGCGUGAGUCACAGUUAACCGCGGCUGCAGCUGCCACUUUUGCGGGAAAGAUGCAGUUCGCCGAGAAGCUUGUCAUUUUCACUGAUGCUGCGCUAGAAGGUGAUGACACAGUGGGAUCCCUUGGUAUGGUUGCCUACUGGGCGGUGAAGGGGAAGGUUACUCAAUCGUAUUUCUUCUCCGGCACCGUUCUGCAAGGUGUGGAGGUUGCACUGCCGCAGGUGCAACUACAGGUCUCACAUGGUGUGUUCUUGUACUCCAUGAUCCGGCCAGGUCUAUAA